AUGGUUGUCUUGAUUAGGAGCAGUCCCCAGCUCCAUACCCCCAUGUACUUAUUUCUGACACACUUUUCAUUUAUGGAUGCCUGCAUAACUUCAACCAUUGCCCCUAAAAUGCUGCUGAACUUCCUGGUGGAGAAGAAAGCCAUUUCCUACAGUGGGUGCAUUCUCCAGUUUUUCACAUUUUGUACUUUUACAGAUGUGGAGUCCUUCAUCCUGGCUGCCAUGGCAAUAGAUCGUUAUGUGGCCAUCUGCAAACCAUUGUCCUACACAGUCAUCAUGUCGAAGGCACUCUGUGUCUGGCUGCUCACUGGGGCAUAUGUUGGGGGGAUCAUGAGUUCUCUCAUACACACGUGUGCGUCUCUAAGACUGUCUUAUUGUGGGGAGAAUUCUGUCAACCAUUUCUUCUGUGACCUGGCUGCCCUGAUGGCUCUUGCGUGCUCAGACACAUCCCUCAAUGAGUGGCUUCUCUUAACUUUUGGCAUCUUGGUUGAAGCGUCCAACAUUGUGACUAUCCUCACCUCCUAUGGCUUUAUCAUCACAACUAUCACCAGGAUACACUCUGCGGGAGGCCGGCUCAAAGCCUUCUCUACGUGUGCUUCUCACUUGACGACUUUUGCCCUGUUCCAUGGCACCAUCCUCUUCAUGUACUUCCGGCCCAGUUCCAACUUCUCAAUGGACACAGACAAAAGAGUCUCUGUAUUUUACACUCUCAUCAUCCCCGUGUUGAACCCCCUGAUUUAUAGCCUGAGGAAUUCAGAGGUGAAGGAUGCCCUAAAGAAACUGAUCAGGAAAAAUAUAAAUCCUCACUGA